ACGGCGGGAAUAAACCGGCUUCACGACCACAUCCUUGUGGAGAUCUUCUCCCUCACCUCCCUCCUUCCCUUUACCCCCUUGUCACCAACCACUUGGAAUGGCACAGCAGCCAGCACACCGCCCUCAAUGUCGUCCUUGGAGUGGGUCGGCUUACGGCUUGUAUGUCGCUCCUGGCGCGAGCUGGCAGACGAUACACCCAGCCUGUGGCGUGUGGUCACGGUCAAGAACGAUCUGGACGCCAUGCGGUUUCAACUCGUCAAGAACGCCAACUGCUCGAUCGAUGUGGUACUAGCGUCCGACGCCGACUCCAAUCUCCGUGGGCUGAAGCUUUUGACCGCUAACGCAAAGAGGAUCCGGUCGGUGUCAACGCGGGAGGGCUUCCAGUGCAAGCACCUACCGUCGAUCAAACCACUGUUCAAGGAGCCGAUGCCGCUGCUCGAACGGGUGGAGAUCGCGCUCGGGCUGAACGUCUUGUUUGCCAAUGAAGAGUACGACCCUGACAUCGGCUUGACGACCUUCCCCCACCCCCAUCUCCGCCACGUCCGCAGCUGUGGAAUCGCUCUUCCGCCCUCCCCUCCCUUCUGGUCGAACGUCCGGACGGUUGACGUUGACCUCAAACUCGAUCCCAGCGAACAGCACCCAGCGGACCACCUGCUCACCAUCCUCGCGCUGACCCCAAGGCUAACCACCCUC